CCAGGUAGAAAGGCGUGGUCUCCAGACUAAAGAUCGGGCUAUAGCUAGCUAGCUAGCUGCAUGAUGCCUGGAAGAGAGAGAGUUCCACUGUUGGCUAGAGUUGCUGGAAGCAGGGUCAUAGGCCCUCGGCCUGGGAAAGCAAUUGUCAGCUUCUGGCAGGGGAUUAUAGAGAUCAUUCUCAGAGCAAUAGCAACAGUGCUGUUGCUGAUUGUGCUGAUUCCUGCUGGUUUUGCGAUGGAAAGUAUGCGAAGCUACCCUUUCCGAGUCAUUAACCUCGAUCUCUCCCAGGCUGGUUGUGUGCUGGUGAUAGUGGUAGGGGUGGCCGGAGCAGCAGUGCAAGCGGCUCAGAUUAUACUGCGCUUUGUCAAUGUAGGUGCUAUCAACAUGACCUUCAGGACCUAUGGGAUCGUGGAUAUUGUUGUUGCUAGUAUAUUUUGCUUUCUACUGCUCGUGGGAGCCAUCAUUACUGGAUACUCUGCUAAUCUCAAUUCCUCUAACUCCGUCAUAUCAACACGUCUGGGAGCUACUGCUGGUGUGUGCUUCCCCCCGAUGAUAGCACUCGUCGUACAAGGUGUUUGGAUGCUUGUGUUUGUCAUCUUCAAAUGGAACAAGCAUGUAGUAACGUACACUAUAAAAAAAGCGGUGUUUGGCUAGACAACUGAAUCAUAUUUUUUUCUUUUUUAUUCUUAAAACACUAUCCAUUUAUUCAACAAUUCAGUGAA